GUUGAUCUAAACAGCUGUAGUGCAGUGUAUGUGGUUCAGUGCGCCAUGAUUAGUUCAAAAUAGAAACCUUCUUAUAUAAUUCUUAAUAAUACAAAAAUAAUUGAAACAAAAUUAUACUUAAAGUGAUCAAAACUGCACAUACGAUUAAGUAUUAAAUAAUGUCUCCGAAAAACCAAGUGACUUCACUGAAAACGUUUUGCCUUAAAACCAUCACCAAUAAGCUUAUCUACUCACUGUCAGACGACGAAGGCACAAAUUAUGAGGUUGUCGCAAAUUAUAUAUCGCCCACUACUUUCGAAGUUCUUCAAGAUUUACUAAAAAUAAUUCUCAAUUCGGUUAAUCUGGAUGCGAACAUUCGCUUCAACUGCCUUCAACUUUUACUUAGAGAGGACGUCAGAAAAUUGGAUACGGGAAUGUUUCCUCAAUUCUAUUACCAAAAAAUUCUUAACGUGAUUAGUUCGCGAGGCUCGGGCUUGCAACAUCUAAAUCUAAAAGGUGUCUGGGCGAGGGAUUUUCCCUAUCUAUUAAGUCAACUUGUAAGAAGUUUGAGGGGACUGAAAACACUUCUAAUACCUCACAUGGCUGACGAUGCGGUGAUCGAGGCGAUAUUGACUUUAGAAGAGUUGGUCGUGUUGGAUAUUAGUGGAGAAGCCUGCUUUACAGUGGAUGGAAUCACUAAGCUGAAAAGCCAAACUUUACAAGUACUGGAUGUAGGAAUGUUUGGAAAAUUAAGCAUUUGUCAUCAAGAGAAUAACGGACCUGAUUUAAUUGCUGAAUUAAUAGAAUAUUUACCUAAUUUAAUAUCACUAAGAACCUAUUCUUACUCGGGAAGAGCUCUAUUAAAAUGUUAUCAAAAAUAUCCCAGAAGUAGAACAAAAUUAAAAUAUAUCCACGACACUGGUACGACAGAAGAAAUUAUAGGUUGCGUUUUAAAUUUAUGUCCCGAUCUAGAAAAUCUACAUUUGGAUGGAGCAGAGCACGGAGUUCUUGAAAAACUUGCGAAAUUACAGAAGCUUUAUACUUUAAAAUUAACCAAGUGUGACGUGCAGGAGUUCUUGACAUUUCUUAGUCUCUCAGGAGCUCGAAUGCAGGUUCUGAAAUUAAAUCACAAUAAAAACAUUUCUCUAGACCUGUCUCAAAUUUGCCUCUUCGCUCCCAAUUUACAGACUUUAGAAUGUUACCAGAUGAAACUUACUUUUACGAAUUUAGAUACGUAUUUUAUGAGCUUAGUGAACGUGGAAAUCACAUAUUGCGAUAUGUCGGAUGAUAUUAUUAGAUCUAUAAUGACAAAUUCUCCUUUCCUGAGGAGAAUAGUCAUUGGGUCUAUUAUCAGGAUGACAGACGGAGAUAUUUUUAGGAUUUGUGCUGAGUGCGAUUUUUACAAUUUGGAAGAACUAUGGUUUUCUUGUGCAAAAUCUUUAACAGUAACAAGUGUUGAACUUUUAAUGGGUCAUUGUAAAAAUCUAAAAAGCAUUGGACAGUUAAAUGGGUGGGAUGUAAAUGUUGAUGAAAUAGACUACUUAAGAGCUGUUAUUGCGUUUACAAAUACUGAUCUAAAACUUUUAUACGUAGAAAAUGUUUAAAUAUAAAUGGUUUUCUGUAUUGAAAAAUAUUUUGUUAAUAAACAAUUUC